GGUUUUGAAAGUUCCGUCAUUGUGGGAAACAACAGAAACCACUUGAACUCCUUAAGCAACUGGCUUAAACCUGUGACAAAAAGCAUCAAUUCUCUGUGGAAGCGCUGUUGGCGUGCAUCCGUGGACGGCUGGGCUGCAAGUACACUUCAAUCCCAAUGUGACGGCAAGGGCCCGACUGUGACAAUAAUAAGGGUCAGGAGAUAUAUUUUUGGAGGACACUAGUAUUUCAUGGGGUAAGUGAACAUUGUAAACCAGGAGAAUUGUGCCGUUAUUUAAGCAUAUGUUCAGCUAAAAGUGCAGCUUGUACUACGCUAUAAAGACUCAGUUAAACCUGCCUUUCAUUCUUGGUUAAGUCUACGGUGGCCGGGGUAAAGGUUUAGGGUUGGCGGAUCUAGAUGCGGGUCCGCAUCCCUGACCCUUUAAGGACCGAGGAUCGUCCCACCUCAGCAGACUUAAAAAGGUGAGAAUGAGCCCCAAGAAUAAUGUACGUACGUAAACUAAGCAACUUGAAUUUGCUUCAAGGAAAGAAAAGUUAUUAAUUACGGUUAUUAUUAAUAUUAAUAUUGUGAAAGGUUUGAACCCAGGAGUCAUUUCAAAAGGUUGAGUUUGAUCAUCCGGGUGAACGUAGUCCUGAAUAGG